AUGCAUCGAGUGCUUGGAACAGAGGAAUGUGUCGCUAAUUAUUUAGAUGGAGGAUAUAUGCGUUUUGGAUGGUGCAUAGAGCACAGCUCAUCUCUUUCACUUGCUAUAUUCUCAUUGCUUUGCAUGCCAAGGCCUUUAUGGCUACUGUGGCCAGGUCUUCUUAUUCAAUCGUCUUACUCAUUAGGUCUCUCAGUGUUGACAAUGGCAACUGCGCCAAAACUUCUGGAAGCUUUGGGUGGACGAGUAGAUAUGGAUUUAGGGCUCAUGUUUACGGCAUACCUUUUCGGGUUCUUUUUCAACUGGAUUUUCACUUUUAUCCUAUGGCAUCACUAUUGGCACCUCGAACGACAAUACAAUCCUCCGAGUCUCAAGAGAAGUGCAUCCUACAAAGCACCAAAUGUCGCUACCCCAUCGCCAACUAUCGCCAACGUGUGA